AUGGGCAGCCGCUCAGAUGUCUCUCCUCGCGUUCCGCCGGCGACGGCGUUGAAGUUCGCCGUCGCGGCGUCUGCGGCUGAACAGCGGAGUCUGCGCAUGCGUUCGCAGUCUUCGUUAGCUCUGCGUCACCAGGAAGCGCGUGCGACGCGCGCGACGGGAAAGCUUGAACGGGAGUCGUUUCGACUUGGGGUGGCUGAAAGGCCUGGGGCGCCUGGGAGGCCUCUUGCGGAGCGAGCCCUGUCGAACGUCGCACCAGGAUCUGCUCAGGACGUUGAGACUACGGCGUCGUCGUCACUAUCCUCUUAUCGCCCGCGCCGCUCUCUGCGGAAGGGAGACGCGCGCAGGCACUGUCGCGACCGCGGCGAGUCGUUUUCAAGCAGUACCGACAGCGACAACGCGACGGCGCGGGGGGGAGGAGGAGGAGGCCCCUAA